CCUCACUGAAUCUUUAACGUUCACCUAAAGGCUAACAGGGAGUCCAAUUAUUUAAUCUGAAAGAGGACAUCCAGAAACCUUAACUUGCUUUCUCUCCAUGGAUACUGCCUGACCCGCUGUGAUCGCCAGCAUUUUCUGUUUUCAACUGUUCCUCUGCACAGCUCAGCAACGUCAGUCCAGAAUACAGUACACACUCAAGGCAAUGGAGUGGGUACCGACGGAUAUUACAAUUCUCAAAAAUAGAGGAAUAAAGAUACGCUGGUGGUUACGGUUAAAUCUGUUACCGAAGAGCGGGAGAGUUGGGCGGGAAUUGGAGCAGGAGAUUUGAAAUUUGCUGCGCUAUUGAUGGAAAUUCAUGAAGAAUUCAGAAUGAAUGGAUGUCUCUUGGUGAGGCACUCGCACAUGUAGAAGGAAAAACACGUAUGGUGUAUAUUUUAGGUUUGUGAUUCCAGUUCUCGGUUGAGUAAGUUUACUAGACACCCGACUCAUAAAUCAAAGAGUGCAGACUGAAGCCGAACCUCUACAACAAGCGCAGAGGUUUGGGGCCUCUUUAAAUAAAACGUGAAGCUCCGUUCAGUUCCGCCUGUCCCCCGGAGCCACGGCAACAGCGGUGUAUCCAAAUCGAACCUGGCCCCGGAUUGGCUGUUAGCCCUAACCCUGGACACCGUUGCUAACAACGUUGCCUCUUGAAAUAAACAACAUUUUCUGAAACACAAAAACAAAUUGCUGGAGAAAUUCGGCAGGUCUGGCAGCAUCUGUGGAAAGAGAAACAAAGAUAACGUUUGGAGUCCGGUGACCCCUUAUUCAGGGCAGCACUUUCUGGACAAACGUUUCGGUUCCGGCUCUCACUGCACUCUCCAGCUGGGAUAAUCUAGAAGAUAACAAUGCCUCGUGGGAGUGCCUCAAGCAAUCAUUCCAAUGCAAGUAAUGGAGACAUGGAGGGACUUGCUGAAACAGAGUUGGCAAAGCUGCAGCAUCAGUUUCGAAUCAUGGAAGGAGACCGCCAGGCCUACACGCUUGAGUCACAGCAGCUGCUCAGGAAACAGUUGGCGGAAAUUGAGAACCUGGAAAAGGAACGUGAGGAGCUAAUGUUGAACCUAAGGCUGUUAGACAGUAAACACAACCAGAAAGAGGACCAGGAAAACAUUGAAAGUGUUCAGAAUAUGCUCAGCUACCAGGAAGAACUGGAGGACCAAAUUGCUAGAGAGAAGCAAAUGAUCAUGGAUCUUGAACAUGAGAUAAAAAUAUUGAAGCAAAAGAUCUUUGAGCAGAAGAAGGGCUUGAGUAAAAAUGUAAAUGUUCAACUGAUGAAUGAACAAGCAGUGAAGAACAUUGGAAUCAUGGAGGACAGGUUGGACAGGGCCCUGGGCAAGUUUAAUACCCAGCUUACGAGGAAUGGGGAGUUGAGGGAGCAGAUUGACACUCUACGUGUUGAGCGUGGAAGGUUUGAGCAGCUCCAGAAGAAACUGGGAAAAGAACUUCUCGAGAUUCGAAAGGAAAUUGGUUCUGUGAUUGACACUUCAACUGCUGCAUACGAAGCUAGGGAUGAGGCACAGACAAAGAUGCAGCAAAUUAAGGAGAAGGCAGAAAAGGACCUGGCACUGCAUGCGGCUGAGAUGAAGGAACUUCAAAGAGUUAUUGACCACGAUAGGAAACUGAAGGAGUUUAUGGGAAUUAAAACUCAGGAGCGAUUGAGUGAAGAUGAGGCAUUACACGGCUUCCACAAGCGAGAACGUGGAGACUCAGCAAGGAAAAAGAAGGACACAAGGGAAGAGACUGUGGAGAUGUAUGAAGCUGCCUUCCAGCAGAUCCGAGCACUCACAGGAGAGGACAAUCUGAAUGUGGUGGUGGCAAAGUUCAAAGAAGUGGAAGAUCGGAACUUUGCAUUGUUUAAUUACAUCAAUGAGCAGAACAGUGAAAUUGAGAGACUGCAGGAGGAGAUUGCUGAUAUCCAGGCACAAAUUGAAGUCUUCAAAUCACAAGAACAACAAAGGGAGCAAGAACAUAAAGUUAUUCUAAAGAAGAUCGAAACUCAACAGGAGGAAGCAAGCAAACAGGCCACCAAAUAUGACAACAGAAUCAAAGGGAUCAGAAAAAUACUCGACCAACUCAAAGAAAAAAUUGAUUCACUAUUUAAUGGAAUGAGCUGUGAUCGAUCUGUUUUGGAUGAAAUGUUGGGAUCUUCAUCUGGAAUCCGGGAUAAUAAUGUAAUGCAGUACCUGGGCCUCAUUGAACAGCGCACCAAUGAACUACUGUCUAUCCAAUCCUAUCUUGCAUCUAAGGAUUAUGACAAGCCUUAUGACCCACGGGAAGCUGCCAUUUUGUUAAUGGGCCAGAAUCUGAAAAAGCCUCCACCACCGGUUUACAUUGAACCUCCCAGCACAGGAAAUGAUAAUGACAGUGACGUGGAGUCUCCAGUGACUGAUGAGGAGGAGAGGCCCCUGACUCAGAAUGAACUACGGCAAAGAAUAUUGAAAGGGGUGAUGAAGAAAGAAGCAAAGGCUUUAAAGAAAAGCAGCCAUUAUGACCACUAACUGCAAAAGUUCUGAAGGCCUCAAAGCAGUACUAUCAACCAAGAAAUGCUGAAGAAGAUUAUAUUCACAAGAUUUACCACUUCAUGCUUACAGAAAUGACCAUGACUGCACCAUAUUCUCUUUCCAGUCUCUUUACUCAGUAUGUUUUUUCCCUAAAUUUGUUCAUGGGAUGUGGGCAUCACUGGCUAGGCCAUCUCUAAAUGCCCUGGAGGAAGUGAUGGCGAGUUGCCUUCUUGAACCAGUGUAAUCUUUGGCAUGUGUAGACACUCACAGUGCUGUUCGGAAGGGAGUUCUGUGUUGACUCUUUGCUGGCUAUCAAUUUUAGAUCACAGUGCAUUUUUUUAAUUAGAAGUCCUUGUAAAUGCAGAAUAAGCAUGAAUGGAAUUAAAUCAUUGCCCCUUGUAUAAUUCUGCCGAGAGGAACUUGCCAGGUCACUCUAAAUAGUAUUAGCUAUGAAUUUGCUUAUAGAUGCAGAUUGUUGAAGCUGAGAAUUGGAAACUCCAAGAGUUAAUUAAUUGGGAUAAUCACGGUCAUGGAAACACUGCAGGUCAUUAAUAGUAAUUGCUACAGUUCAAUAUUUAUAAUAAGCUAUUCUUUUGUAAUUAAAUAGCGAGAAGCAUAUUGCCUCUUUGAUUCAGUGAGUAUGAUUCAGUCUGGACAGUGACUUCACCAGAUCUUUC